CCUCCGCUGUUCUUGCCUUCCAUCUUCAUUCUUCCCCUAUAUUCUAUUUUAUUGUUCAUUUCAUCAUCAUCACCAAUAGAACAUUGGGCGAUCUCAUCUGCGUCCCGCAACGUGAGCAUGUGAGUCGCUAAGAUAAUCGUGACGAGCUUGAGAAAAAGAAAGGAAAAAGGAAGAAAGCCUGACAACACAACAGGUGGCAAUGCCAACAGACAUUGAAUAAAAAUGGGACCUUUUCAUGUGUUUACAUCAAAUAGGAGACCUUUCGAGCUCAACCUCUUCCCUUUCUGGUUGUAGACCAGUACCAGACAGUGCCACGAGGGAAAGUUCACCUGGGUUUUGAGUUGAUUGUCUGAUGGCAUUGGAUUUGGGGGAGGGAAUCAAGAACCGGCAUCGGGAAGAUCAGCAAGAUUCGAGGAAGACGACGAUGAGCGUGUUCAAUGGGAAGGAAGAGUUCCCUUCAUCCAACAUAUUCCACACGAUGGUUGCUCUGGGGAUUUGGCUGGGUGCCAUUCAUUUCAACGUGGCCCUUGUCAUUUUCGCUUUCGUCUUCCUAUCUCCCUCCAAGACCCUCUUGGUGUUCGGAUUGCUUGUGGUCUUCAUGGUCAUCCCAAUUGAUGAUAGAAGCAAAAUAGGCCGAAAAUUGUCCGGGUACAUAUGCCGACAUGCUUGCAGUUAUUUUCCAGUUUCUCUGCACGUGGAGGACAUAGAUGCCUUUGAUCCUAACACUGCUUAUGUCUUUGGGUACGAACCACACUCUGUCUUACCAAUCGGUGUUGUUGCACUUGCUGACCUCACUGGCUUUAUGCCCCUCCAGAAGAUCAAAGUUCUGGCUAGUAGUGCUGUGUUCUUUACGCCAUUUCUGAGGCACAUAUGGACAUGGUUGGGUCUGACUCCUGCAACUAAGAAAAACUUCAUUUCCCUCUUGAACGCUGGCUAUAGCUGCGUAAUUGUGCCCGGUGGCGUGCAAGAGACCUUCCACAUGGAGCGGGGCAGGGAGAUUGCAUUCCUUAAUUCAAGAAGAGGAUUUGUUCGUGUUGCCAUGGAGAUGGGCCGACCCCUGGUUCCAGUUUUCUGCUAUGGUCAAUCGAAUGCAUAUAAGUGGUGGAAGCCACGCGGGAAGCUGUAUUUGCAGCUCUCUAGAGCUAUUAGGUUCACCCCAAUUUUCUUCUGGGGAAUCUUCGGUUCUCCUUUACCCUGCCAACAUCCGAUACAUGUGGUGGUUGGGAGACCAAUAGAGGUGAAGAGAAACAAAAAACCCACCAUGGAAGAGGUAAAUGAAGUGCAUGGUCAGUUCGUUCAGGCACUGGGUGACCUCUUUGAGAGGCACAAAUCACGAGUUGGGUACAGUGAUCUCGAACUGAGGAUUUUGUGAAAGCUUCAGUACUGGAGCUUGAAUGCCAAACACCCAGAUCUCUAAGAGACUCUGGUCUGCAGAUACCGUGCUUCAGAUUGAAGACAGUAAUCAGCCACUCUGAUCGUGUGAAACACGGGAUUGAACUUCUAUCGGGGGUGAUCAGAAUGUUGGAAGUUGACCAAAAUGGUCCAUUUGUUUACACAAUCGAACUUAUUAGUUUUACUUAGAUACCUCGAUGCGAGUUAAUAAAUGCCUUCAAUAUUUUCUCGGA